CAUUCAUAUGCAUGUCAAUAUUUGUCCUCAUCCAAAACAUGCUGGAAAAUUCACUUGAUGAAAAAUCCCCUGAGCAAAUAAAUCCUUAAUAAGAAAUCAACACGCAUCCCGUUUAGGACAGUCCAUCCCAUAAAAAUCGCCCGCACCAGCUGGUCUGUUGUUGUCUUUCGUAACCACAUUGGGAGAUUGGAAACAGACUUUUCACUGUCAAUUUUCCUCGCUCCCGCAAGCAUGCGCGCUCCACAACCACACGAAGACACAUACAUCACUCACAAGCCCCAAGCAAAAAUCAUCCCGAAUCUCUCGUUCCUCGUAUCAGUUCAGCCAGAAAAUUCAAAGCACGUCUAUCGGGAAAACAAGCAACUCGUCUGUGUGUCCCGUGAAAAUUUUUCCUCAUCCAAUUUCAAACAGAAAAUUGAAAAAUUCAUACACGAUUUUCAGUGAUUAUACGACUGGGAGACGACAGAAAUUACUUUUCAAGUAAUAGAAAGUGCGAAGAAAGCGGUAGUGAAAGUGCUGUAACUUGCAAUGCUGGGUCGCAUGUAAAUUAGUGAGAGAAAAUUCGUGGUGAAAAGAAAAAUAGUUUAAGUGGUGCAAAGAGGCCUACUUGAGUGCCGCAGUGUGAAAAAUUGGCAGACAAAUGUCCAUCUAAACGGCGAUAACUCCUUGUCCCAGGAUCCGAGAGGCAAUUGGAUAACUUACGUUCAGGAGCAUCACCCAGAUCGUUGAGCUGUUGUUCUAGUUCAGAUAAUGACUGCCGUAGUGAUGGCAAAAAAUUCGAAUUGGGAUCCAGCCGUUUCGAAACUAAUAUCAUCACUGAAGGAAGCUGAAAGUUUAUCUGAUGCACAGGAAAUUGAAUUUCUCCGAAGUUUACUUGAAUCAAAGGAACUAAAUGCCUUAGUAAAUGUACAUAGCAAAGUAGCAAAAGUUGGAAAAGAUGAUAGACUCGCCCCAUUAUUAUCAACCUCAAUGCAGGUGCUAUUUGAAGUAUUAGAACUACUUUCCACACGAUGCCAUUUAUCGCCUGUAUGCAAAGAAGCCUUUCAUUUAUUUCAGAAUCCGCAUUUUCAGAGUCUUCUCUGUGCUCACGAUGCAAUUGCACAAAAGGAUUUCUACCCUCAUCUGCCGGAAAUUCCAAUGGAAAUGGACGAAGAUGAGGAAACCAUCAAAAUAGUUCAACUAGUUAAAAGUAACGAGCCAUUGGCCGGAGCACAAAGUGCGGAACCGAUAGUAGGUGCUACAAUAAAAACAGAUGAAGAAACUGGUAAAAUAGUUAUAGCUAGAAUAAUGCAUGGUGGAGCAGCGGAUCGUUCAGGGUUAAUUCAUGUCGGAGACGAGGUGAUCGAGGUGAAUGGGAUCAAUGUUGAAGGGAAAACACCGGGCGAUGUGCUAUCAAUUUUGCAAAAUUCUGAAGGGACGAUAACAUUCAAAUUGGUACCUUCAGAUGGAAAAAUGGGACAACGGGAAAGUAAGGUUCGAGUGAGAGCUCACUUUGAUUAUAAUCCCGAAAAUGAUCCAUACAUACCAUGUAAGGAAGCUGGAUUGGCUUUUGAACGUGGUGAUAUAUUGCAUAUAGUGUCGCAGGACGAUGCCUAUUGGUGGCAAGCUAGAAAAGAAUCCGAACGUACGGCGCGUGCAGGAUUAAUUCCAAGCCGGGCACUACAGGAACGACGGAUUAUUCAUGAACGGACUCAAAAGGAAGCCAACAAUCAGGAUGCAAAAAGCUCGUGUGCGUCCAUUUGCACGACCCCGCCCGGUUCCCCAAUUCUAAACUCUAGUAGUAGCACAUCAUCCUGUCGUGGACCAAAAAUUAAAAAGAUCAUGUACGACUUAGCGGAAAAUGAUGAUUUCGAUCGUGAAAUGAUUGCAACAUAUGAAGAAGUGGCCAAACUAUAUCCAAGGCCUGGCAUUUAUCGACCCAUUGUAUUGAUUGGUGCACCCGGUGUUGGCCGAAACGAGCUGAAAAGACGACUUUCAGCGAGGGAUCCUGAGAAGUUUCGAAGUCCUGUACCAUAUACCACACGACCUAUUCGUCAUGGCGAAGUACCUGGACGUGAAUACAUUUUCGUAUCACGUGAUAAAAUGGAAGCUGAUAUCGCUAAUGCGAAAUUCAUCGAAUAUGGAGAGUAUAAAGGACAUUUAUAUGGCACAUCAGCUGAAAGUGUUAAAUCUAUUAUAAAUGCUGGUUGCGUUUGUAUCUUAAGUCCUCACUAUCAAGCCAUUAAGGCACUACGUACGCAGCAGUUGAAACCAUUCAUUAUUCACAUAAAACCACCGGAAUUUGAUAUACUGAAGGAAACAAGAACACAAUCCCGUGCCAAAUCUACAUUUGAUGAGAAUAAUUCUAGGGAAUUUACAGACGAAGAAUUCCAAGACAUGAUCAAAUCGGCCGAGCGGAUUGAUUUCCUCUACGGCCAUUUCUUCGAUGAGGAAAUCAUCAAUGGAGAACUGGCUACUGCUCUGGAUAAGCUAGUUAAUAGCGUACAACGUGCUGAAUCCGAACCCCUAUGGGUACCAGUAUCGUGGGUCCAGUAAAAUACUUCUAGACAACGUGGAACCACUAAAAGAAAAUACUAAAGAAGAAAACAUUAUGUAACAAAGAAAACUCCAAGAACUACCAAAAAAGAAACCAAAAUAGGCUUAGUGAAGUAUUGAUGAUAAAUGAAAACUAACUGUAGAAUAAUUUUAAAAUCGCAUUAUCCAUCCAUUUUAUGAUAAAAUCACUCCAAAAUACUCUAAGAAUCGCCUUCGCCACAUUACACUGUUCACGCUAGAAGAAAGAGGGUUGGCCUAAGAUUUCUAUCCAAACUUCGGGGCAAAUUUCAAGGUUAUCAUAUAUUUCGGUUUCUCCAUAAUGUCAAACUAUAAAAAUAUAAAUUAUAUAAAUUCUAAAUAUACACAUAAAUAUAAAUAUGCCGUAGGCAGACUGGUAAUGGAUUAGAAUUUAAAUCUCAAGGCCCCUCCCUUUCUUCUGACUGGUCAUUCACUAUGUCACUAGCAUUUUCAAAUCAACCUUAGUUAGCUCAGAAAUUUUCAACUGAAGUCAACACGUUUUGAAAUCAUAGAUACUGUCAACAGCAUUUGAAUAAUUAAUCGUUCCCUCAAAUCAGUUACCAAUAAGUUUUUAAAUUUAGAAGGAUCAAGAGUUUGACAGAAUUCAUCGGGAGUAUGCACUGAAAACCGAACCUUUUUGGAUCAAAAUAAUACUUUAUUACUGUUUGGCCGAGCUUCACAUACGAUCCCUUGCGCUUUGGGUUAUUAUAUUGUACCUAUUUUUCGUCCCCUGUAAUAAUUCGAUGCAAAAACGAUUUUCUUUUGUUUUCUACCAACUAAACACCUCCCUGUCAUCAGAGAACUAGCCUGGAACCGUUUGACAC